GACAGUCUGAGGGAGGGGCCUUUGGGUCGCACAGCAAACAAACCCCGCGAAGUUUCGAGGACCCGGAUAAUCCCGCCCCCAGAACAGAGCCGGAAGAAGGCGGGGCGAGCCGGAAGAAGGUGAAAUGCUUUUAGUAGGCACUCCAUGGCUGUGAAGAUGGCGGCGGCUGCGUGGCUUCAGGUGUUGCCUGUCAUUCUUCUACUUCUGGGGGCUCAGCCGUCCCCUUUGUCGCUUUUCGGUGCAGGACCGGCACCCGUGUCUGCUGCCGACCGGUCCAAGUGGCACAUUCCGAUACCGUCGGGGAAAAAUUAUUUUAGUUUUGGAAAGAUCCUCUUCAGAAAUACCACUAUAUUCCUGAAAUUUGAUGGAGAACCUUGUGAUCAGUCUUUGAAUAUAACCUGGUAUCUGAAAAGUGCUGAUUGUUACAAUGAAAUCUACAGCUUCAAGUCAGAAGAAGUAGAGACAUAUUUGGAAAAACUUAAGGAAAAAAGAGGCUUGUCUGGGAAAUAUCAAACAUCAUCAAAAUUGUUCCAGAACUGCAGCGAACUCUUUAAAACACAGAGCUUUUCUGGGGAUUUUGUGCAUCGACUGCCUCUUUUAGGAGAAAAACAGGAGGCUAAGGAGAAUGGAACAAAUCUUACCUUUAUUGGAGACAAAACUGCAAUGCAUGAACCAUUGCAAACUUGGCAAGAUGCACCUUACAUUUUUAUUGUACAUGUUGGCAUUUCAUCCUCAAAGGAAUCAUCAAAAGAAAAUUCACUAAGUAAUCUUUUUACCAUGACUGUUGAAGUGAAGGGUCCCUAUGAAUACCUCACGCUUGAAGACUAUCCCUUGAUGAUUUUUUUUAUGGUGAUGUGUAUUGUAUAUGUCCUAUUUGGUGUUCUGUGGCUGGCAUGGUCUGCCUGCUACUGGAGAGAUCUCCUGAGAAUUCAGUUUUGGAUUGGUGCUGUCAUCUUCCUGGGAAUGCUUGAGAAGGCUGUCUUCUAUGCAGAAUUUCAGAAUAUUCGGUACAAAGGAGAAUCUGUCCAAGGUGCCUUGAUCCUUGCAGAGCUGCUUUCAGCAGUGAAACGCUCACUGGCUCGAACACUGGUUAUAAUAGUCAGUCUGGGAUAUGGCAUAGUCAAGAUAUUUAUUAGCCUGACUCAAACAAUGAAGCUAUUAAAACUUCGGAGGAACAUUGUAAAACUCUCGUUAUACCGACAUUUCACCAACACGCUUAUCUUGGCAGUGGCAGCAUCUAUUGUAUUUAUCAUCUGGACAACCAUGAAGUUCAGGAUAGUGACGUGUCAGUCGGACUGGCGGGAGCUGUGGGUGGAUGAUGCCAUUUGGCGGUUGCUGUUCUCCAUGAUCCUCUUUGUCAUCAUGGUUCUCUGGCGACCAUCUGCAAACAACCAGAGGUUCUUGGACUUUUCCAGAGCACAGGAAGAUGAUUUGAAAUGGGUAGAAGAAAAUGUUCCUUCUUCAGUGACAGAUGUAGCACUACCAGCCCUUCUGGAUUCAGAUGAGGAGCGAAUGAUCACACACUUUGAAAGAUCCAAAAUGGAGUAAAGAAUGGGAAGAUUUGCAGUCGAAGAUGGCUAAUAUCAGGGAAGAGAUCAGCUUCUGUGUCAGUCUUCUACACUGCUCCAUAGGAUUAAAGGAGGCAAUGACAUCCUGAUCUGUUCCUUGAUCUUUGGGCAUUGGAGUUGGCAAGAGGUGUCAGAAUGAGGAGAACAUCUUACUGAAAACAAAUUCAUAAGAUGAGAAAAACCUACAAGCUUCUUAUUUACAACAUUGAUGCCCUUCUCCCUCCCAAACCCUGACGUGGAUGUUUAUGCAACUUACGUGUGUUGUUCCUGAAAUUUCUAUAAUAUUUCAGUUGUUUAAUCUGUCAAACUAAAAAGUUUAACAUCUUCUAAAGGACCGUGUCAUCAACACCAUAAUAUGUAAUCUCCAGGAGCAACUGCCUGCAAUUUUUAUUUAUUUAGGGAGUUACAUAGGUGAUGGGGGAAAUUGUUAAUUAUCUUUCAUUUUCCUGGGACGUCAAGGUUCCAUCUUGCAGAGGUAGUUUUGAGAAAAAAGGGCUCUUCUAAGUUAAGGAGCCAUGGUUCUAUUAAUGAUUAAAAGAAAAAAAAAAAGAGAAACUGUUACAGUGUGAUGCAGAUCAUUUAAAAGAGCAAAAUCAAGUGCAAUUUUGUUUACAAAUGGUGUACAUUAAAGAUUUUUCUAUUUCAGAUGUACUUUAAAGAGAAAUAUUAGCUUAACUCUUUUGACAUCUGCUAUUGUGACACAUCCCAUUGCUGGCAAUGUGGUGCACACUCUGAAACUUUUAACUACUGUUUUGUAAGCCUCCAAGGGUGGCAUUGUGGAGUCCUAGGCAAUGCUUUGUUUGCCUUCACACCAUUCACUGGGUGUUGCACUAGAUGCAGAGAGCUGCUCCAUCUAAGUGCUGUGAUUGAGCACCCUGCUGGUGGGACUGUAUGCUUCAGAAGAGGGAGUUUAUAAAAAGGAAACAGGUGCUGCUGGCUUAAUUUAAACAGUAAUUCUUGCAUGAAGUAGUGUGGAGGCCCUGGACUGCUGCUCUUUCUUUAGGAUUGACUGUUCUAAUAUCUGGUGUUGGUUUAGAGACUGUUUAUAAAGGACAUCACAAGGUGAUGGGAUUCAUUUGAAACACUAUAUUUCUGUUUUAAUGGUUUUAUUCAAUUUUGCCUUCCCAAGAUUUUUGUUCUGUGUAAAAACUUCAUGCCACUUUUUAAUAUAAAAAAUUUUAACAAAA